CUGCUGCCCUGGCAGCUCCCGGCGGGUCCCGCAGCAGCGACGGGCGAUGGGGCGAAUCCCCCACAGACCGGGCGGCCCUUGGACAGGGAUUCUCCUGGCAGCCUCCGUCCUGGGCUCCUGCCUCCAGCUGGCCCUGGCCCAGACCCCAGUGACCAUCAUCCCGCCGAGCACGGUGCAGAUACGGAGCCCGACUAGCCGUGUCCUCGCCACGGUGGUUCUGCGCGGCUCUGAAAUCCUGCCCAAGCCCACGGUGACGCCCGGCCAAAUCCAGGUGCUGGAGAACGGGACCUUCACCCUCAGGUGUAACAGCUCCCCCAGCGCCGACACCGUGCUCUGGCUCCGGGACGGGGCGUCCCUCGCGCCCAGUGAGCGGCUGAUGCUGUCUCCUGACAACCGGACCCUCACGGUGCUGGGUGUCACCCGGGACGACGCCGGGACCUACCAGUGCGAGGUCAAGAACCCCGUCAGCACCAACCGCAGCGAGCCCAGCAACGUGACACUGGCCUAUGGGCCAGACUCUGCCAGGAUAGACCCGCCAGGACCCAUCAACCUGACCCUCGGGUCCCCUCUGACCCUGACGUGCGUCGCCGACUCCGUCCCAGGCCCGAGCUAUCGCUGGGUUCUCAACGGCACCGACACUAAGGAGACCGGGAGCAGCUGGACCUUUAACCUCACGAUCUGGGCUCAGCAGGGCACGUACGAGUGCCGGGCUCACAACCCCGUCACCGGCCGCACUGCCUGGGCGUCUGUCGCCGUGCGGGUGACAGGGACGGGUGCUACUUCAGGUCUCUCUGCUGGGGCUAUGGCUGGGAUCGUCAUCGGGUCAUUGGUGGGGACGGCGCUGGUCGGAGUCGGGGCCUAUUUCCUCUACUCUCGCUGCCGGAACGAGACCCCCAGGGAGAACGAGGCACCCGUCCCAGUGUACGAGAACCAGCCCCCGACAGCCUGGGCGGGGCCAGUGGCCAAGCCCAGGAGCCCCCCUGACCCCAGCCCCACGUACCAGACGCUGCAGCCCCGACAGCCGGACGUGUACGAGGAGCUGAAGAACACCGCCGUGUCCUACCCACAGGACUCGCUGCGGGGCUCCCGGCACGACCCAGGGGCUGCAGGCUCCGAGGGUCGGCACUGGGAAGCCGAGGGGCUGACCCCAGGGAGAGUGCCAGCGUCGCCCCGGGUGACACCCAGCACCGUGAGGGUCCGGUUGUCAGCGGACAGCCCCAGCCGCUCACUGGGCGCGAGGGACGCCCCGUCCCGGAGCCAGAGCACGGUGUCGGCGCUGGGGGAGCUGUUACACCUGAGGGUGAAGGUCCCGUCCUCCAGCACCUGGAUUUGGCCGGGCGUCACCGUGGGCUUGGGCAGGAUUUCUGGGAACAGAGAGAGUCACUGUGGGGAGUGGCUGGAUGCUCCGGAACGCCAGGCCGAUGGGGGCGGGGCGGUUUGUGAACUGAGCAAAGCAGCUGUGAAAGAGCAGCCGGCGCCGGCCCAGACCCCAGUGACCAUCGUCCUCUCCCCGCCGAGCCCCGCGCUGGGAGGGGGCGUCAGCCUGGCCCCGCAGCCAACGCCACAGGACAUGCGGUCCUGCAGCUGGUACCGAUCAGCGACCGCUGCUGAACCCAGCCGGAUCCUCACCUACUACCCAGCUCCAAACCCCGCUCAGCAGAACGGCCCGGCCCACACGGGGCGGGAGACAGCGGGGCCGGGCUGCGUCCUGCACAUCGCGGGGUUAACGCUCAGCGACACCGGGAACUACACGGUGCAGAUACUGAGCCCGACCAGCCCCGGCCUCGCCACGGUGCAUCUGCGCGUCUCUGGAGCCGGACGGCCAGAGCCAGAGCUGGGGGCUGGCACCUGCCCAGGCAGCUGGCGAACGCCCGGGCGCUGCGUGCGAGUCCUGACCCAGCCGCCCGGCGAGGCCCAGCGGGGGCAGCUCAUCGUGGGCGCUCAGCUCUGGCUCCGGGACGGGGCGUCCCUCGCGCCCAGUGAGCGGCUGGGGCUGUCCCCUGACAACCGGACCCUCACGGUGCUGGGUGUCACCCGGGGCGACGCCGGCACCUACCAGUCCGAGGUCGGGAACCCCGUCAGCACCAACCGCAGCGAGCCCAGCACCAUGACACUGGCUUCCCCGAGCUAUCGCUGGGUUCUCAACGGCACCGACACUAACGAGACUGGGAGCAGCUUGAACGUUAACCCCACAACCUUGGAUCAGCUGGGCACGUACAAGUGCCGGGCUCACAACCCCGUCACCGGCCUCAUGGCUAGCGCAGAGAUCAAGGGGCUGGGGGCAAAGGGUGAAGGACCCUUCCCACGACACCACAGGGCAAUGGCAACAGGACACUUACCCCAGUCCCGCGGGGCGGUGGCCCCAAUCCCAGGUGGAUGGAGGGGCAGGACACACGGUAACGCUCUCUCUGUUCCCUGCACAGAAAAGCUUGCCAAGCCCACGGUGACGGCCAGCAAAACCCAGGUGCCUGAGAAUGGGACCCUCACCCUCACGUGCAACACUUCCCCCAGCGCCGACACCAUGCUCUGGCUCCAGAACGGGUCGUACCUCGCACCCAACAAGCGGCUGGGGCUGUCCCCUGACAACCGGACCCUCACGGUGCAGAAUUUCACCUGGGGCGACGCCGGGACCUACCAGUGCGAGGUCGGGAACCCUGUCAGCACUGAACGCAGCGAGCCCAGCACCGUGACGCUGGCCUAUGGGCCAGAAUCCGCCAGGAUAGACCCUCCAGGACCCGUCAACCUGACCCUUGGGUCCCGUCUGACCCUGACAUGUGUCGCCGACUCUGUCCCAGCCCCGAGCUAUUCCUGGUUUCUCAAUGGCAACAAAUUACCCCAGACCGGGAGCAGCUUGACCUUUGACCUGACAACGUUAAAUCUGGGCACAUACAAGUGCCAGGCUGACAACCCUGUCACUGGCCUCACGGCUAACGCGGCGAUCGAGGUGCUGGUCUCUCCUCCAGACGCCCCUCGUCCAGGUCUCUCUGCUGGGGCCGUCGCUGAGAUCGUCAUCGGGUCACUGGCGUGGGCGGCGCUGGUCGGAGUCUUGGAGUCUUGCUCUAUUUCCUCUGUGAGUAAGAGCCCCCCCACGGUGAUGCCGAACCAAACCCAGGUGCCCGAGAAUGGGACCCUCACCCUCAUGUGCAACACUUCCCCCAGCGCCGACACCGUGCUCUGGCUCCAGAACGGGUCGUACAUCGCACCCAACAAGCAGCUGGGGCUGUCCCCUGACAAACGGACCCUCACGGUGCAGAAUUUCACCUGGGGCGACGCCGGGACCUACCAGUGCGAGGUCGGGAACCCCGUCUGCACUAAACGCAGCGAGCCCAGCACCGUGACGCUGGCCUAUGGGCCAGAAUCCGCCAGGAUAGACCCUCCAGGACCCGUCAGCCUGACUCUUGGGACCCGUCUGACCCUGACAUGUGUCGCCGACUCUGUCCCAGCCCCGAGCUAUUCCUGGUUUCUCAAUGGCAACAAAUUACCCCAGACCGGGAGCAGCUUGACCUUUGACCUGACGACGUUAAAUCUGGGCACGUACAAGUGCCAGGCUUACAACCCUGUCACUGGCCUCACGGCUAACGCGGCGAUCGAGGUGCUGGUCUCUCCUCCAGACGCCCCUCGUCCGGGUCUCUCUGCUGGGGCCGUCGCUGGGAUCGUCAUCGGGUCACUGGCGGGAGCGGCGCUGGUCGGAGUCUUGGUCUAUUUCCUCUACUCUCGCUGCCGGAAUGAGACCCCCAGGGAGAACGAGGCACCCAUCCCAGUGUACGAGAACCUGCCCCCUACAGCUGGGGCGGGGCCAGUGGCCCAGCCUGGGAGCCCCCCUGACCCCAGCCCCAUGUACCAGACGCUGCAGCCCCGACAGCCGGACGUGUACGAGGAGCUGAAGAAGUGACGCCCCCUCCUGCCCCCGGGGCCUGCUGGGAGGGGCCCGGGGCAUGCUGGGAAAGGCGCGUCCCUGAGCCUGGGUCCCGACGUCCCGUCGAUGACGCGUUAAAGGGCAGGAACAGUCACCGCCCGGCCCGUGGGUCCGUCCGUCCGUCCGUCUGUCCAUGCUGCUCCCUGGGCCCAUCACCGCAGCGUCUGGGCCCCUGCGAGGAAAUCAGAAAGUCGGCGCCUGUGACUGGCUCCGGCUCCGUUGUGCCCAGCACAGGAUUCGGCUGGUGACGUCUCACGACCAAACACCCCCCGGCCUGGGGCACGUGCCCUGUUCUCUGCCCGCCUGACCUGGGCCUGGCGCUCUGUGUCCCACACCAGGCCGUGGGAGCUCCCCACUGCUCGGAGGGGCCCGGGCGGCUCAGUGACCGGCCUGGUCCCACGGGGAGUCUGUGGGGCUGCAGGGACUCAGACCCGGGUCUCCGCAGUGCCCGGCUGGUGCCCAAACCAGGGCCAGGGGUCCCUGCCCAGGGCUUCCCCCCACCCUCCCCCCAGUGCCCGGCCCCACGUCUUCCCCUCCCGGGGGCCGUUCUCCCCUGCAGAGCUGUGAGCAGCGACGCCGACCCACCCGCCCAGCCGGGACCCGGGACCCCUGGCGGAGGGCACAGGGCACUGAGGGGUUCACGGGGCCCCCGGCCCUGACGUCUCCAGACCAGCCCCCAAAGGGGCUCGGGAGGUCCUUGCCCGGAGCCGGCAGCGCUGGGCGCGGUGACCGCGGUGUGCCGUGUGCCGGGAGCACGUCCGGAGCUGUGUCUGGCCUGUGUCCCAGGGGCUGGUUCCAGCCAGGCAGCGGGAGGCGCCAGGCCCGUCCCCGGCAGACAGGAGGUACCAGGCCGUUCUCUGUGCCCGGCUCCGGGGGCGCUGGGUGGUGCUGAGCUCGCCAGGCGGCUGGUUCCACCCGGAGCCAGGCCCCAGCAGCAUCUGCACCAGGCCCAGGGAA